GGAAAAGAAGAUGGCCACUUACAAUUUGUAAAUGGAUCUACUAACGUAGCAAUCAACCUCGUUGAGCCACAAUAUCAAUGUUUUCGUACUGUUAGGUAGCCGACAGGCCCGAUAGGGUAAACAAUACAGCAAUACCCUAGCUGUAAGCAGAUUAUAAAGAUACCAAUUUCUGAAGUGAUACCCGGUGAAAACCGGGAGAGCGUGAACUAAGAAUGGACGGAGGAGGAGAGUAUAUUUCUUCCAUGGAAAACAUGGACCCAACGUUAGCAGAACUUGGUGAUGAAUUCACACUUGGGGACAUCGAUGAAAUGCUCCAGUUUGUCAGCAACCAGGUGGGGGACUUCCCCGACCUCUUUGAGGACCAGAUGAAUGGUGGCUCUGGCUCUGUGCAGAACGGGAUGGCGCAGACCCCUCGCCAGGCCCCCGCUGCCCCUCCGACCCCCCAAACCCCUCAGACGGUCCAGGCCACCACGUUCCAAACCACCCUGGCCGUCACGCCAGCCACGACGCUGCCGCCCCACUCACUCCCACUCACGCCGCCCCAGACGCCAGUGCAGACGGUGACGGCGACCCAGGUGCGCACGCCGCCCCUGCUGCAGCCGCGGCCCCAGCAGCAGCUCCAGGCCAUCCAGCCCCAGCAGCAGCAGCAGCAGCAGCAGGCCAUGCAGCCCAUACAGGUGCAGACGCAGGCCAUCCCCAUGCACACGCAAGCCCUCACCAUGCAGACACAGAGCUUCCCCGUGCAGACCCAGACACUGGCCGUGCACAACCAGGCGGUGCCUGUGCACACGCAGGGGCAGACGGUGAUGUUCACGUCGGCCCCCAAUCAAUCUCGUUUUAUUCAGAACCCCGUCAUCUGCCACCAGAGCCCCACUUCUGGCUUCCAGGUCCUCCAACCACAGAUGCAGAGCAUUGUGACAUCUCCGCAGGUGCAGCCAAUGACAAUCCAGCAUCAGCGCCUGCUGACACCAUCAGGACAGACCAUCCAGACCCUCUCCACAGCGCCCACUGCUGUGCACACAGUGCAACAACAGGUGCAACAAGUCCCAGUUCUGGUCCAUCAGCCCCAGAUCCUGAAAAAUGACACUCUGGUUCUGACGACGCUAAAACCUGACGGAACCCAGGUGCUGUCCACCAUGCAGAACCCCACUGGCAUCACCACCCUUACAACCCCUAUUCAAACUACUGCUCUUCAGGUUCCGCAUUCUUUCUUUUCCUCUUCUCAGACGCUGAUGGGCAGCAACAUCCUGACCACUGUGCCGGUCAUGAUGGGUAGCAGCGACAAGCUGCCCAUCAAGCAGCUGUCAUCAGGCACCGCCCAGAGUGGACUUCAGAGCAGGCCGAGCAUCGAGCAUGGCUCACCAGUGACGGUGGGCCCUGGGGGAGUGGUGAAAGAGGGCGAGCGCAGGACCACCCACAACAUCAUCGAGAAGAGGUACCGCUCCUCCAUCAACGACAAGAUCAUCGAGCUCCGCGACCUCGUCAUGGGGCAUGAUGCCAAGAUGCACAAGUCAGGUGUGUUGCGCAAGGCCAUCGACUACAUCAAGUACCUGCAGCAGGUCAAUCACAAGCUGCGGCAGGAGAACCUGACCCUCAAGAUGGCUAACCAGAAGAACAAGUCGGUGUGUCUGCCUGAAGAUAUAGAGAUGAAGCCAGAGCUGCAGAUGAUGUCUCCUCCAGCCUCUGACUCAGGCUCUGGCUCCCCUGACCAGUUCUCCCCCUACUGCAUUGACUCUGAGCCGGCCAGCCCUCUUCUGGAGCACGAGCAGUUGAAGAGUGAGCCAGAAUCGCCGUCCACCGUGGGUGUGAUGGACCGCUCCCGCCUUCUCCUGUGCGCCCUCACCUUCCUCUGCCUCUCCCUCAACCCGCUGCCCGCCCUACUGGGCUCAGAGGCUCACGGCGGACCCAGCUGGGGGUCAGAGGCGGGCGGCCAUGGACCUACCAGAACUCUCUUUGGCAUUGAACUCUCUCCAACACAGAACUUGGCUUCCUGGUUAUGGUGUCUGUUGCCAUGGGUGAUGGUGUGGACGCUGAGUGGGAUUGGUGCGGUGUGGGGGUGUGUGCGGGUGCUCUACCUAUGGGAGCCCGUCACCCCUCUCCACUCACCCAGAUCAGUGUCUUUCUGGAGGCACCGCAAGCAGGCCGACCUUCAUCUGUACAGGGGUGAUUACUCUGCUGCAGUCACCAGCCUCGAGACCUGCCUGUCCAUCUUAUCCAGAGCUCUUCCCACCAGCAGACUGGACCUCGCCUGCUCUCUCUCCUGGAACUUGAUUCGCUACUGUCUCCAUAGGCCCACCCCCUUGGGAUGGCUCGUGCGCCAGGUUGGUGGCAGACACGAGGGGGAGGAGUCUCAGACCAGUGCUCGCGAUGCAGCUCUGGUCUACCACCGACUGAGCCAGCUCCAACUUACAGGUAAACUGGCCGAGGGCAACAGCCUCAGGGCCCUGUCUCUGUCCCUGAGCGCCGUGAACCUGAGCGAGAGCGCCCAGGGGAAGAUGCCCGCCACCCAGCUGGCACAGAUGUACGUCACCGCCGCCACUGCCCUCCGCACCGCACUGGGCCACCACCUGUCCUGCCUCCCUGGCUAUCUGCUGAACCAGGCCGAGAAUGUGGCCAGCCAAUCAGACGGGAAGCCCAUCCCUGAUGGACUGCGCUGGCUCUUCACCCCAUUGGGCAGGCAGUUCUUCCUGAGCUGUGAUUGGUCAGUGAAGUCGGAGAGUCACGAGGGAGUGUACACAUCCCAGAGAGACCAAGUGGACCCCAUCGCCCAGCUGCACUGCUGCUUCUGUGAGCGGCUUCUGGAGAGGGCUGUCCACUCCCUUAACCAGCCCAACAGCGACUCUGAGGCCAACAAAUGCAAAGAUGACUCUGGGGAGUUCUCUAGCACUCUGGAGUUCCUCCAGCUGCUGACCAGCUGCACCGAAGAGUCCCCCGCCACCUCGGCCUCCUUCCCAGCACUGCCCAAUCAAAACACAACACCAGUGGGAGACCCUGUGUGCCGCUGGUGGGUGCUGGUCUUGAAGGCUGCGGUUCACUGGCUGCAGGGUGAUGAUGCAGCUGUGAGGUCGUUACUGGCUGAGGCUGAACGGGUCCCCAGAGCACUGCACACACUCGACCACCCCCUGCCCAAGGCCGUGCAGCAGCUGUGCAAGGCCGUGCAGGUGAGCCUGAGUCCACAGAAGGGGGAGGGCGUGGGCGCCUGCCUGGCCCACUGCGAGCGCUCCAGUGCAUACCUGCGGGCGAGCAUCUCCGUGCAGCUCGCCCAGUCGGCCACCUGGCUCAACAAGGGGGUGGAGCUUCUGGUGUGUGACCUCUUGCUGACCCUGCGAACCAACGUGUGGCAGCGCGGCAGCUCCAAUGGGGAGUCAGGCCCUGCUCUCGGCUCCCAGUUGGCUGGCUUCCAGAGAGACCUGAGCUCCUUGCGUAGACUGGGACAGUGCUACCGUCAGGCCCAGCACAAGGUGUUCCUGCAUGAGACCACAGUGAGACUGAUGGCUGGAGCGAGUCCAACCCGCACACACCAGCUGCUGGAGCACAGCCUACGACGACGCCCGCAAAACUCUGGACAAGCUGCAGAGGGCAUCCUGGGAGAGCGUGAGCGCGCCCAUGCCAUCCUGCUGGCGUGCCGUCACCUCCCUCUUCCCCUGCUGACGCCGCCUGGGCACCGUGCCCGCCUGCUGGCCGAGGCCAAGCGCACGCUGGAGCGUGUUGGCGACCGGCGCUCGGUGCAGGACUGCCAGCAGAUCCUGUUACGCCUGGGCGGGGGCACCACCAUCGCCGCCUCCUGAGGCCUGGUCCCUGAUCAGUCCUGGGCCUCCUCUGAAAGGGAGUUGCCGUCAACUUGCCCAAAUGACACAGACACCAGAUUAGCCAUCUGCUCUACAGUGGCACAUUUGAAUAGGGAAAAGCUUAGUAGCCAUUCAUUUUCAUUCACAGCCCGCAAAUAUGUUCAUGUGUUCAUUUUAAGCACUGUAUAUUUUAGCCACACACACACACACACACACACACACACACACACACACACACACACACACAAAUAGACUGUAGACUCUACUUUUAUUCACCAAUAGAAUACAAACCGAGCUGAUCAUAUUUAGACACAUGCGUUGAGAAAUUUUCAUGAUUUCUCUGUAUUUUUAUAGAUCAUCUCACUUUUUCCAUUCUUUUAUUGCCCUGUUGCAGACCUAUCUGUUCUCUGUGCUCUAUAGAGGAGAACAUUAUCUCUCGUUCACCCUCGGGCAACACCUCAACCUUUUUGCCGUGGCUUUUCACAAGUUAUUUAUGAGCCAGACCUCACACUGGAAAAACUGCACGCACACACACACAAACACACACACACUUGAAUUUCCCCUGGGGAUCAAUAAAGUAUCUAUCUCUCUCUAUCUAUCACAAACACACACACACACACACACACAUAAGAUGGAUGUUGUCAUAACGUGCAGUUGGCUCUCUGUGGUCACUUUGACCAUAGAGAGGAGGAAAGGUAUCUUGGGAUUCUGAAGGUAAAGGGAACAACCUCCUCAGAUUGCAAGUCUAGUGUACACACUGUGUAGUCUCUUUCUCUCUCUGUCUGUUUUUGUCCAUUUCUUCAACCUUUUCUCAAUUAUUUAAUCUUUCUGACGACAUCUUUCACCUCGCAAACACCAUAUGGUCCAUUUUUCAUCUGGAUUUGAAAAUCAAAACAAAACAAAACAAGAAUCAAUAAGCCAGACAUUAUGCCCAGAAGUUACUUCUUCAAAUCAAAUCUUAUUUUUAUUGCUAAAUGCUGCCACCAACCGUGACCAACAUACAAAUACCGGACCAACAGUAGGAACUCAAUACCCACAGUAACUGUUUGUUUGUUAAAGGAUUAGAAGGACAUCCAUCUUAACUUUCUUCUCCUCUUGACCACCAAAGGGCUUUGAAGGAAACAAAGCCCUCUAGACCUUUGCUGAGCUCCACAACACCACGCUCCUUAGAAAACGCAAGGCCUCUCACAGGACUGCUUGUGUAGAAUCAGUUUGUACCUACCUCAUUUACUACACAACGCCUGAACAGUGUGCUGGAACUGCAUUACUGAACAACCAGUUGGCCAUUGAGUGUGUUGUAAUGGUGAAUUAUAGUACAGUGGAUAGGUAAAACACCCAAUGAAGCAUAUAGUGCAAUUCGUAUGGUAUGUAAAUGUUUGUACUUAAUUUAUCAGUAGAGGGUUCAGUGACCUUGAAUAUGAUAAAUCAAUGGUCCCAAGCAUCAGAGUUUUGACAUCAGACUCAUAUAAACACGCCUAUGUGUACAAAUAAAUACACAGAGCCCAGUCAUGUUUUGUAUAUAUACAUUGUACAUAGCCGUGUAGAGACCAAAGUUAGACUUACUAGGGAGUUUAGUAGCCUGUUGUCCCCCACGAGAGAAAUGAUCAGCCGGUCAGACAUCAUUCUAGAACAUUUUAUAUGUUAUAUGUACAUAAUGGUCUGAAUACAUGAACUUAAAAUGAGAAAUGACACUGACCAUCUGCUAGUGUGCAAAAACAUAAAGUAGUCAUGACGGAGCUUUGGCCACAAUGCUAUCAGGCAGGAUUGGAUGGGUUAACCAUAACUCCACAGCUUCAGCUUCAUGGCCUUGAAACGUAAUUAUCUCUAUAUUUUUGUUAUAGCUCGUAUUUGUUUCAUUUUGAAAGGUUGUCCACAAUGGGCUCUUAUAUUCGUUUUUAAUUCUGGACUCGUUGGAUAGAUUAUUUUUGUCGGUGUUUCCAUUUUGUGUUUUGUGAGUUAUUCUGUUAUUUAAAGAGCUGUAAUGCAUCUGUUCAUAAUGGGCACCCUAUUCCUCUCACAGUUCACACUUUAGUUUUACUGAUGAUGUAAUAGAAUCAGGUGGGUAUGAAGGAAGGAGAAUGAAUAGGGUAACUGAAAAGUUACUUAGAUAUUCUGCUUCAUAUUGCCUGCAUAAAUAUGAUGAUAUUUUUUAAACCGCAAAACAAUAUUGUACGCUUUUAAACUGAGGCACAAUUUCCAUGUGACAUUGGUUGGGUGUCUUUUCUGUACAUCACCCAGACAGCUUUAAGUUUUAUCCUGAAGUGAUUGGAAUGACCAAUGGCUGUACGGGAUUGCUUAGUGCUGUUUCCCAACAGCCCUUUAAUGGAAGAUCAUGUUACAAACUUUUCCUCCCUCUCUUUCUCUGUUUGUGUUUAUUGUUUGGAUUUUUGAUGUUUGAAGUUUGUUUUUUAAUAAAACUGCAGAUGACCUUG